ACUGCAUCUGUCAGUGACGUCCUUUUCAUCAUGGCGGCGCCCAGCGAGAAUCAUGCUUGCACUGAUAAAUUGUUUUUCUUCUAACAAAUUGGACUAAAUCAAGCUAAGUUGCCACUUAAACUAGUAUCUAGCCAGUAAAUAAUUAUAUAUCGAAUUACUUAUGACAGGUAGUUUGAAAUAAUUUGUUUGUGUUUAACAAAGGUUAUUGAAUAGAGGUAGUUUUUAGUGUAUUGUAUAAUGCAUGUUUUGUCUGUUUCUACCAAUAUGUCUAUUCUGGUCAGUGUAGAAGCGUUUAAGUAGCUGCUGUGUGUGAUGUUUCUGAUCACUGUGUGGUGAGAACCAAACCAUCAAAGUGUGUCAUCUUCAUCCUUCAAGUUAUUCUCCGUUGAGCUAAAAACCAUGACAGUUUCACUACAUUUGGGUGUCUCAUUCAUGACUCGUAAAUUUACCAAAGCUUGUGUCAUAUGUUUAGAGAGACAUAAUGUGGUUCACAGUAAACAAUUUCUCUUUGCUCUGAGAAACUUUGGGACUGGCCCAGAUGAUUCUGACAGAGAGGACAGUAGCUCAGAUGCUCCUGCAUCCACUUUCCCACAGUUGUCCCGAAGAGCUUCUUUGUUUGGAAGGCGUCGACCUCUGUCCCCACUGGAAAGGGUCAGUCAACUUCUGCCUGAAGACACAUUAAGUCAAGAGGUUUGGGCUCUACGGGACACUAGAAACACUGAGGUGGAACAGGACAGUCAGAGUCUGGGGAAGGAGCGAGAAGAAGCAAUAGAGGCAUCUCAAGGAUCUUUUGCUCCACAUCAUGUUUGUGUUCCUGGGGAAAGGCCACUAUGUUUUGGAGAGACUUUGCUGGCUGAGUUCAGUCGAAAGAGACGUUUAGAAUUUCGGAAGAUGUUCCAGCUAAAGGAGGGACUGAAGCUCCAUAGUAACUGGGGAUUAAUAGCUCAUAAUGACAUGGAGGGGGGACCUGCUGGAAGCGUCAUACGCACUUCAAUGGGAAUCCCGAUUGUCAUUCGUCGACCCGGUCUGGAUGAGUUCACUCUCUUCAUGAAGAGAGGGCCAGCUAUUGCAUACCCUAAAGACGCCAGCGCGAUGUUGACCAUGAUGGAUGUGACUGAAGGAGAUUGUGUUCUGGAAUCAGGCUCUGGAUCUGGUGCCAUGAGCCUCUUCCUGUCCAGGGCAGUGGGUUAUAAAGGAAGUGUUUUGAGCGUGGAGAUAAGAGAGGACCAUCACAGAUGUGCUUUAUUAAACUACCAGCGUUGGCGGUCCUCGUGGAGUCUUCGGCGAGGAGAGGAAUGGCCUGAUAAUGUUCACUUUCACCAUGGAGAUCUCAUAUCUGCCGGACCUCUUCUGGCAGGGCGAGGUUUCAACUCUGUUGCUCUGGAUAUGGUUAAUCCACAUUUGGCUUUACCUGCUGUGGUUCCUCACCUCCAUCCUGGAUCUGUGUGUGCUGUUUAUCAAGCAAAUAUCACACAGGUCAUUGAUCUGAUGGAGGGUCUGCGAUGCUCUGCCCUUCCUCUGGUGUGUGAACGCAUUGUUGAGGUUCAGUACAGGGACUGGCUUGUUGGCCCGUCACUCAAAAAAGAUGGCACAUUUAACAAACGAAAAGCUCCUCAAGAUAAUGAUGAUGACAAAAGUGAGCCAAAUGAAGACACAAAAGGGGAUUUGAAUUGUCAAGAUCCGGUGACGUUUGGAGAUGUCCCAUACAUUGCACGUCCUCAUCCUGAACAGACUGGUCAUACAGCCUUCCUCGUAAAACUACGAAAGAUUUUGAAAUAGAUGUUCCACAUUUAAUGUCUGCAAGAAGAGAACAAAGCUACUUUGUCUUAUAUGCUGUAAUAAUAAACUUGUACAAUAAAAAGACAAUAUUUUAUUGCACGUUUUCCUUUCAUGCUCUUGACUACUUAAGCCAAAAUAUAGAGAAUCUAUAUGCUCCAUUCAUGGACUACAUUUCAUAGGUGUUUAUUUAUAUUUAUAUCAGCCAAAUGUUAUACUUAAGACAGACUUAAUCCUGCCAUGUUUAACAUCUAAAUAUUUCAUUCACACUUACGUCUAAGACAUAAGAGAGUAACAAAGUGCACACCAAAGAAAUAGCAAAGUACUUUGUACAACAAUAAGGAAUAAAUAGUGAUGAGUAUUAUGAUACAGUAAAAUACAUGUACAAACCUUCACAUAGUAUUUUCUGACAUAUUCUUUACAUCUUAUAUUAACAAUGUACAUGGCUAUUACCCUAUUCACACCAAUGCUGCACAUUUCUCAUUAGGUCAGUUUAGAGACACUCUGUUCUGGCCCUCAGACAACUGAAGUGCAUCUGAUAUGUUCAACAGGCAUAUAUGAUCUGUUUG